AUGGGUAUCUUCUUUACUUUUAAUGAACCAAAGACAAAAAUCGAGGCAGCCAUCAAGAAAGUUAAUGACUUUCAUCCAAACAUCAAAUUAGAAGCUACUAUUGGUAGUUGUGUUUCAUUUCUUGAUUUUCUGAUCAAUAUUAAGAAUGGUAUUCUAUCCACACCUGCUCAUCAUAAACCAGCAGCUGAACCAUGUGUUGUACCAUUUAGUUCUGAUCAUCCACGUCAUGUAUUUUCGAAUAUUAUGCAAGCUGCUCUUCUUUGA